UCCAUUUUUCCACAGAUUGCCUGGGGACCCCCAUCGUCUACUCGCCAGUGAAAGCAGACCUGACUGGAAAUAUCAAGAAAAUCCGGGCGGUUUAUGACUCCAACCCCGCCAAGUUCAAAACACUGCAGAACAUCCUGGAGGCAGAGAAGGAGAUGCACGGCUCGGCCUGGCCCAAGACAGGCGCGACACUGGCGUUGAUGUGGUUGAAAAGGGGUCUGAAGUUCAUGCUGGUGUUGCUGCAGAGCAUCUCCGAUGGCGAGCGGGAUGAGGAGCAUCCAAACCUCAUCCGAGUGAACGCCAUGAAGGCUUAUGAGAUCGCACUGAAGAAAUACCAUGGCUGGAUGCUGCAGAAGCUCUUCACGGGCUCGGUCUAUGCUCUUCCAUACAAAUCGGAUUUGCUGAAGGCAUUAGAGAAGGGUAAAGAAGUCAAAGAGGAGGAAAGCAUAGAGAAGAUUCAUCAGUUUCUCUUGAGGGUCACACCUAUCUUGGAUGCAAUUUAUGAGAUGUACACGAAGAUGAACGCCGAGCUGAGCUACAAAGCCUAAGGCUCGCAUGGGACUGGUAGGGCUUAAAUAAGGCAUGACGGGUGCUACCUGUGUUUUAAUCACUGAGACAGCUGGGGCUGCUCCUGGCUGUCAGGCGACUUUGAUUCUCAUCUGGAUCUGCAGUGGAUAACCUGUUUUCUUAAAAAAAAAAAAAAU